AUGUCUGCGCAUUCCAUGGAGUCGCAGUCUCACGCAGCUCUACUUGGCUCUGUGCUGUCGACCCUAUACGCUCCUGGCCCAGCCAGCCAGCCAAAACUAUCUCAACCAAACGACUUUGAACGAUUACAACGACGCGCCAACUCUAUAAUCACAAGACAGCUCUCACUCCAAAACACCUGCACUCAACGUCUACCUCGACUCCCCCCGCAGUUCUUACGUCCACCACUAGCAUCCGCCGCUGUGCUUGCUGCACCAAGCAGGGAAAACGAAGUCGCAAACCAAAUCGUCGAUCGCGCUGUUGGUUCUGUGUCCACUGAUUCUCAUCACGGGACGCCGGUACUCAACGUCCCAAACAAAAUCGUCGAUCGCAAGGCUACGAGAUUUCUCGAUGCACCUCUUGGUAGUUUGUUUUCAAGCGGUAGCUUCAAGUGUCCCAGCGGGGCCACCAUAUUCAACUGGUUGUCAGCAACCGUAGACGUGAAGAAGGUUGGGAGCCAAACAAUUGUAACCUGGUCGCCCAUACCCGGGGCCGGCACCAUUACCGGCACUGCUAUCGCCGGUAACAACGAAGUUGUCGUAAAUCAGUCAAUAACGACGAAAGAAGUAUUCAAGCACUAUACUGAGGGAGAUUGCAUUUACCGUCCAUCGAGCACGUUCGUGGCGCAUGUCGACUUGCAAAAGAGUACCCUCCUGCUCGCUGAAGGUAGUGAACAGGUAUUGACCGAACAGUGCAAGACCAACGGCGUAUUUUCACCGGCUACGGCAUGUGAGAAGUUAUAUAGCACAUGGACAGGAUGA